ACCCCAUCCCCAGAGCUCCCCUUUCCUUCCAUUACCUCUGUCUCUCAUCAAAACCCAUUGCUCUCGCUUUCCCCCACCAUCAAACCUAUUUCUCUCUCUUCCUAACCAUUAAAACCCAUAUUCUGUCUUCACACCUUUAGACCCUUUUCUCUUUCUACAAUUGGGUCUAAAUACCCACUCCCAUGACUCUCUCACUAAAAAACAGAAGCCUUAGUUAAACAGUGGAUCGAAGCAUGGGUGGUGGGCUGGGCGCGGCGGCCAUCGCUCUAACCGUGGUCCUAGUCGUCCUCUUCCUCGUCCUUGUUGCUGAGCUCUAUUACGCCUUAGUCCUCAAGUUCAAGCUUACCCGCGUCAACGUUUCUCACUCCACAACCAACUCUAAUGAGGAGCAGCAGCAACAGAGAGAGAGAGACCACCAUUCUAUCUCUGUUUCGCUCUCGUCCCCCAACCACCAACACCCCUCAUUGCCAAAGCUCUUCCCCGGCAGUGUUUACGCGCAGGGGGUUUUGGGCGGCCCCAGGUUCCUCUUCACCAUCAAAGAAGACGGGCGAGAAAUCGAAGGAGUUAGAGAGAGAAAUUUCCCACCGUCCUCUCUCUCGCCUACCCUCUCUCUUCUGCCAUCCAAUCUCCACUUCAUUGGGCUCCUCCGGCCUCCGUCCGACGCUGGAGACAGCAGCAGGGUAUCCUCUGCAGUGGAGGAUAGAGGGGCGUGCACGGUGGAUGAUGGGCGGUCGUGCAAGGUGGAGGACUUUGUGUGUAUAUCGAACCCUAUUUACGAAGUGGAGGCUUCUCCGGAGGCUGAAUGCGGGUCCACCACACCUUUUGAUACACCAGUGUCAUCGCCCUCUCGCUUAGAAGAAGGCAGCAGCAGUGACUCUCCCCCUCUCACUCCUAUGAAACUUCUCUCUCAAAAUCCCUCUCUCUCUCCUCGUAGUACCUCGGAUUCGGGGAGGAGCUCGCCUUCUUGGUGAUGGGGACGCAUGCUUGGGGCCUUUUCAGACAUUGUUUGUUUGAGCAGGUUGAGUGGUGCACUUUGGCUGGUCGGUUGUGCGUGCAAAGCACAGGAGAGAGGCUCUUAAUAUGGUGAAAACGUUUCAUUCUCCUACAGGAGCAUAUUGUUCAUGUGAUCCGUCCCGCAAAACAGAGCACACUAUUUCAUUUGGUCCCUCCGGCAAACGACAAAGAGGCAACGGGUACUAUGUAUUCAGCGCGUGUCGUUUUUAGGCUUGGACUCGUACCAUCCUAGAAUCGCUGAUUUUCAUCCAGAUCCGGAUUGGAAAUCAUAGGAUUUUAAGAUGCUACUUGUGUAUGAUACGAGUUGAUUACAUGACAUAAAAAUGAUAGUCUUUGGUGCGUUUGUUGCUAACUUACGACCCAUUUCUAUUUAUUUAUUGGUUUUUGGCGGAGCUACCUCCCCAAAUGUACUAUGUGGCAUCAAUAUUUCAUUUGUCUUCUUGGGGAAGGUGAUAAAUCCCCCAGUUGUGUGUGGCAUAGGGUGUGUGGCAU